AUGUUGAGGGACAAAAUCUGUUUUCAUUGUCGUGAUGUCUACUUCAGCAACAAUGGCGUUGCUCUCUAUCACCAAUGCGAUCGUCAUAUAUUCUACUGCGACAGCUUUGGGAGACCUGAGGUUGAUCAUCUGAACUCGAACCUCGCCUGUAGAAGGUGCAAAAACUCCUUUGAUCUCGAAUCUGAACCAGCCAUGCCGGGGUCGGUUGCUUAUGGCAGUGAUUCUUGGAAGAUGAAGAUCGGCAUUAAUGGGUUUGGGAGGAUGGGUAAAUCCGUGGCAAGGGCAAUCCUCCGGAGUAAGGAUGCUUUGCUCGAAGCAAGGAAGGUGAUUAUCACUUCACACAGUGAUAACAUGCCCAUGUAUGUUGUGGGUGUCAAUGAGGAAAACUAUGACCUAUUGUUUGAUGUUGUUGUCUCAACUACCAGUAGACUCACUAAUUGUAUUGCCCCAUUGGCAAAGGUAAUCAAUAGUGAGUUUGGCAUUAUGGAAGGUUUUAUAACUGUGCAUUCUGAUGGCUCCACCCACAAGACUGUAGAUGCCUGGACAGGUAGCAGAGCUACAUGCAGCAACAUUAUUUCCUGCACUAGUUCUCGAGAUGCUGAGGCUAUUGGUAGUAUGUUGCCUGCAUUGAAUGGGAAGUUUAUUGGGACAACCUCCCGUGCUCCUAUUGUAGAUGUGUCGGUGGUCGAUAUCAAAUUUUUUGUCAAGUCUUGUAUUUUUGACUCAAAGGCUAGCAUUGUUGUGAAUGAUAAGUUUGUAAAGCUUGUUGCAUGCUCACGCAUUUUGGACUUGAUGAGGCACAUGCAACACAUAGCUGUAUAG